AUGAGCCAGGGCGGCCAAGAUGCGAAGCUCUUCGCGAGGGGCAAGGUCGCCGAACUCCGCCUCGAGCUCAACAGCGGCGGCAAGAAGGACAAGAACUUCUCGGCCAAGAAGACGGCCCUCAAGAAGAUUGUCGCAAACAUGACCAUGAGCAACAACGACAUGGUCGCCCUGUUCCCGGACAUUGUUGGAUGCAUGCACAUACCCAGUCUGGAAAUCAAGAAGAUGUGCUUUUUGUACUUGGUCAACUAUGCCAGGAUAAAACCUGACAUUGCCCUCAAAGCACUGCCCAUUAUCCAGGAAGACAUGAACGACAACAACCCCCUCGUACGCGCCCUUGCACUGCGCACCAUGUCCUACGUCCACGUCCGCGAGUUUGUCGAAGCCACCGUUCCCCACCUCAAGAACCUGCUCAAAGACGCCGACCCGUAUGUCCGCAAGACGGCCGCCUUUUGCGUCGCAAAGCUCUACGAUCAUGACCGGCACUUGGUCGAGCAGUCGGACCUCAUCGACAGGCUGAACGGCAUGCUGAGAGACGAGAACCCCACUGUUGUAUCCAGCGCCCUCGCCAGUCUCAUGGACAUUUGGGAACGAAGCGAGAAUAUCAAACUCACCAUCGACUAUGCGAGCGCCUCCAAGAUUGUCUCCAUCUUGCCAGACUGCUCAGAGUGGGGCCAAACAUACAUUCUCGAGGCCAUGAUGAACUAUGUCCCCCAGGACACGAGCGAAGCCGCAUUCCUUGCCGAGCGCAUAUCGCCGCGUCUUUCGCAUUCCAACUCGGCGGUUGUUCUUACCUGCAUUCGCGUUAUCCUUUACCUAAUGAACUAUAUAUCCGACCAAAAGGUCAUUACUUCUUUAUGCAACAAGCUUUCCCCGCCCCUCGUCACUCUGCUCUCAAAGGGCCCAGAGAUUCAGUACUUGGCCCUUCGUAAUGCGCUCCUUAUCCUGCAACGGCGACCCGAGGUUCUGCGAAAUGAUAUCCGCGUCUUCUUCUGUAAAUACAACGACCCAAUCUACGUCAAGGUUACCAAGCUUGAACUCAUUUUUAUGCUUGCCACUGAGCGCAACAUCAAGGAGGUGCUGACUGAGCUUGCAGAAUAUGCGACUGAGAUUGACGUUGACUUUGUUCGCAAAUCGGUGCGCGCAAUCGGCAAGCUGGCCAUCAAGAUUGCACCAGCGGCACAGCUGUGCAUCAGCACCCUUCUCUCGCUCGUCAGUACCAAAGUAUCGUACAUUGUGCAAGAGGCGACGGUAGUUAUACGCAACAUUUUCCGCAAAUACCCCAACCAAUACGAAUCCAUCAUCUCGACGCUAUGCGAAAACCUCGACUCGCUUGACGAGCCAGAGGCAAAAGCAGCCAUGAUCUGGGUCAUUGGUGAAUAUGCAGACCGAAUCGAGGAUUCGGAUGUGCUCCUGGAGGACUUUUUAGACACAUUCCAGGAAGAAACACACGAGGUGCAGCUGGCGCUCCUCACGGCCACAGUCAAGCUGUUCAUCCAAAGACCGACUCGCGGAUCGGCCAUUGUGCCAAAGGUGCUCAAGUGGGCGACGGAAGAAACGGACAAUCCCGACCUGCGCGACCGAGGGUACAUGUACUGGCGGCUUCUUUCGUCGGCACCCGAAGAAGCCAAGAAGGUGGUCAUGGGCGAGAAGCCUCCGAUUACGGCCGAAGAGUCGGAGAAGCUGGACCCGGGGACGCUCGAGGAAAUGUGUCUGAAUGUGGGGACGCUGGCGACUGUGUACCUGAAGCCUGUCAACCAAGUGUUUCGCAGCGCUCGGCCUAGGAAACUGCAGGACUCGCCGGCGCUGCGCAAGGACGAGCUUCCGACGGUCAAGGCGGCGCAGCAAGCGCGGGAUCGGUCGGCGGCGGAGCGGGCCAAGUUUGAAGGUGGCACCAACGGCAAUGGGAUGUUGAGCCCGACGAAUGGCAAUGGCAACGGCAAUGGCAUGGCGAGUGCUGUGAGCGACGUGGACAUGUAUUUUGCCAGUGUGGGGAGACAGAGCACGUUUGGUGGAAGCCCCAUCUCGGCAGAUCCAGUUGGAGGGACGGGAGGCGGGUGGGUGGUUAACCAGAAUGAGCCGCAGCACAUGGUGGUGAGUCCAGGAAUGACGGAUGGAAAUCAAGACUUGUUGCUCUGA